AUGCCCCUCACAAACCGUCGCCGCGCACGGCGCAAGGAAAUUCAACUGCAGGAAACGUCCGAUGCAGAGGCUCCGGACUCAUCGCCCAGCCGGCCAUCCGCAAAGAAGCGCAAGCAUGAGUCCGGUGACGAAGCUGAGGACUCAGCGGGCGAACACGAACCCCCCACCAAUCAAGACCUGGUUGAUCUAGUUAUUUCAUACUUGAACACACCCCGCGAGGAAUUGCGCGUCUCACGCGACCACUCCAACACCAAGACCGAGAAUACACAGCGCAUCCAGGCUUAUGCUAAGAUCGCCGGCCGCAACUGGACCUAUUACGUCAAAACCCUGCAUGUCAAUAUUGGCCGCGAACCGGACCGCGAACAGCGGGCUGUCGAACAGUCCAGCCCCGUCACAAUUGCGGCUCGUGCGCUGCCAGAUGUUCAUGUCGACUUGGGUCCCAGCAAAUUCGUGUCGAGGUUGCAUGCCGAGAUCUUUUACGAUGGCGAGGAGAAUCCUGCCUGGCACAUCCGUGUCAACGGCCGGAACGGUGUGCGCUUGAACAAUGGCAUUGUGAAGCGCGGCACCGAUGCUAUCCUUUCGUGUGGCGACAUCAUCGAGGUGGCCAAUACACAAAUGAUGUUUGUUACGCCCGGCGACGAAGCCAAUAUCCAGCCCAGCUUUAUAGAGCGCGCCCAGCGCAUUGCUAGCGGACAGGAGCCCGACCCGGCUUCGGUUUCCUGGGAUGCUUCGCACCAUGCCCAUCCUCAGCAAUCCCAGAACAGCGAGGCGCGACCAUCUUCGUCUGGCGGGCCUUCAUUGGCGCCUGCUCCGAAGUUCAUCAAGCGCCAGGUGACGCCCCCGCCGCGGUCGCCUGAUACCGCGGGCCAGCGCACGGCUAAACAGUCCCCGCUUUACAACCGGGGCAUGAUGAUGGAGAGCACAGAGGAGAUCGAUUAUAGCAACGAUUCCUCCAAGGACCUGAAGCCGCCGUACAGCUAUGCAACGCUGAUUGCCCAGGCGAUCUUCUCAAGCGAAGAGGAGAAGCUCACGUUGAACAGCAUCUACAAUUGGAUCAAGGAUAAAUAUGCUUUCUACAGGCACUCCCAAAGCGGCUGGCAAAAUUCGAUCCGCCACAAUCUCUCGCUGAACAAAGCGUUCCAGAAGGUCCCCCGCCGGACCGACGAGCCGGGCAAGGGUAUGAAGUGGCAGAUCGCAGAAGAGUAUCGGGAGGAGUACCGGAAGAAGCAAACACGCAAAGGCGGCACACAAUCAUCUGCCCCGUCCUCACCGGCGACGAAAGAGCCCCCGUCAUCAGCACGCGGGACUCACGUUAGCAAACUCGACACCUCGUUCUCAGCAACAGCGAAAAAGUCACCACCGAUUUCAUCCCCGGGAUUCAGCUCAUUCCCUGUAGCUCCGGUGGAGGCCUACACACCAGAGCGUGGUUCCCGGCUCGGUCGAGGCCUCGGCUCCGACCACCCACUGCGACAUAUGAACCCCCCGCGACUACGACGAACCCUCGCCGCUCCCAUCGCGCUCGCACAACCACAACUCCAGCAUCUCCACGCAGCCGGAUCCCCGCCAGUCCUCUCCUCGUCCUACUACAACGAAGAACCCUCCUCGAUGAUCACCCCCGCCCCACAACGCCAACAACCCCGUCUGCCGCCCCCCAGCACAGCGCAGAUUCCGUCCAAGUUCAUGCCCAUGAGCUCGCCUGCGCAGUUCUGGAAGUUUGCUGAUAUCGGGAGUACCCCUGCCCGCCCGCCGCCAGACAUGAGUCCCCUGAAGGGCGAGGUCGAGGACCGCAUUAUCGGGGGGUUCCCGAGUAGCUCUCCCCCGCCGCCGAAUCUCGUUAGUCCCAGUAAGCCCGGAACGUCGAAUGGGCUUGGCUCGAGUCGGACCCUGCCCCCGCUCCAGUCGGAUUCGCGGGAUAUGGGACCCAAUGGGCAAUCUAAUGCGAGGAACGAAGAGCGGGAAGAGGAUGAAGAUGAUAAUGGAUCGGGUUUUGAUCUUGCUAGGGGCUUCGAACCUAUUGGCUCAUACCAUCGACAGCUAGGCAAUGCUGCCCGUGCGGCUGCUACUUGA